AUGCCGUCGUCCGAAGGCUCCUAUAGAGAUCUGGAGAAAAAGCUAAAGGAUGGUCUCACUUCGAUUUCGGCCGACAUUGUGGAUAAAUAUGGCAAUUUGAAGGUCGCACUCAAUAUCAACAAUACCGCGAAGCUGAUUUUCGAUCGUCUCGAAAAUUUGGAAGACACCGCUGAAAUGUCUUCUCGUGAGCUUUCAAAUUUAAUUGAGCAAACCGAGAAAGAUAGUCCGGAAAUGCUUGCUGAAAUCAAGACACAAGCUAGGUCAUGCGAAAAUCUCGUGGAAUUUUUGCAAUCAAUGAAAAAAGUGGAGGAACAGCUGAUUAUCAUGCGAAGCAAGACCACAAACCGAAUCGAAUGGGGAAAUGCCAUUCUCGCUUGCAAAGAUUAUCUCAACGAAACGAAUCUGCUUCUCGAAGGAAUUCAAUGCGAAGGAUUUGAUAUGAGCAUUCCGUUGAAGCAUUUUGCAGCUGAAUAUUCAGUGCUCAGUUAUAACUGCCGCUAUCAACUAUCUGCCGAUUAUGACCGCGCUAUGAGCGUUCCAAAGGUGUCCAAGAAACAAGGCGGUGACAAAUCGAAUGUAUCGGUCACGGUAUUGAAUCUUUCAACACCAGAAGAACAGAAGAACAUGAAUGAGACACUGACAGCAAUGAAUAUGAUCGGUCAGCUACCGGAACGGUUGGAUGCAUGGAAGACUGUAAUCCUCAAUGUCUUCUGCGAAGCAAUCGUGUCGAGUCGGGAUGGUGUCGAUGUUUUCUUCGUCGACAACCCGACUCCUGCUCAAACAAGAUUUUUGAUCAAUCAGAAGCCACGUGGAAAGAAAGAUAAACCGAUGGAUGUCGAGAAAGUUCUUCAGUCCAUGGACGUGUUCUUUUCGAAACUGUCAGAUGUACUUAAGUCUCACGAACUUCUCGAUGCUUGUGGCAAAUCCUUUGUGGCAAUGAUCGGCCAUGCAAUUCAACCACAACUAAACGAAAUGAUCCUCAAGGAUGUAGUCGCAAUUGCUGCUCCAGUCACUGAAACUGCCGAGGAAGACCAAGAAAUGUUCCUUCGCUUAUUGCAGUUCGGCGAAGACUUCGUUGAGAAUAUGAAAACUCUUGGUUUCUUCUCCCCAGACGCAAAGUUGCUUUUCUCACUCGACACUGACACUAUUUUUGUAACACGCCGCUGUUUUGCAAUUGUCUCGAAAGCCAAUAAGCUGAUCAAUGAGACAUAUGAUAAAUUGGUAACUGUUGGAGUCGAUGAUACAGCUGUGAAGGAUAUUGAUCUGCUAUCGAAGGCCCAUACACAUGCAGAACUGUAUGCUAAGGAGUACGGAAACGAUCUUGCCCGCCUUUGGAGUCACAACGAAGAGUCGCAGUUCCCAUCUUUCUUCGCUUUCCAAAAGUGUACUGUAAGUGCAUCAACAAUCAGUUUUGUGAAUCUACUACGAGAUAAUGUCAAAGCGGCAUUCGCCUGUGAAGAUGAAGGAGCUCGAGCUAAAUUGGCACUUACAGCUGAGAACAUCGUUCGUCUCUACGUAAUUCAGUCACCACGAAAGCACGCUGAACUGUUCAGUUCCAUUCCGAACAUGUCCGCCAUUUUCUACAAUAACUGCCAUUAUAUUUCUCACUGUAUUAUGACUAUGUCAUUCGAAGCGAGCGGUGAAAAUCAAAAAACACUGCUUGAGCCUCUUCUUGUUGACUCCGUUAUCAGAUUGCGGAACGUCGCUGCAGAUUGUAUGGAGAAAACAUUGACAAGAUGCAGACGAGAGAUGUCAGCCUAUUUGGAGGAUCACAGUAUUUUUGAGCACUUGCCAGCCAGUUACAAAACAACGAAGAGCACCUUCGCAACACCUGAUCAAAUGGUCGAGAUGGCUGACCUUUUAGUGCCGAAAGAAGAACCAAAAAUGAUUAAAUGUCUGGCUGCCUGUCUCUUACAUAUCCGCCUGAUUGCUCAGAAUCUUCGAGAACCACUAACCGAAGUGGUGUACUGCAAAGUCAUUGGAUCACUAAUAUCAUUCCUUCUGGAUUCCCUUGUUCGACAUGUCGUCACAACAUCAGAUUUCCGAGAGAAUGAUGCCAAUGUGAUGGCAGAUGUCUUCAAACGGCUGCUUGAAGUUGUUGCCAACAUUGUCACAUACCGAGAGCAAUCGAAAGUCACUGAUUUCUGCGCACGAGAAUAUUUCCGUCUGAACGAGAUAGUUUUCGUGUUAGGAAACCGAAUGCAGGACAUCGAACACCGUUGGUUCAACGCAAAGGGUCCAAUGGCCGAGCAUCUCAGCCGAUCAGAAGUCGUUGGCCUCAUCAAAGCUCUGUUCGCCGACUCCCAACACCGCACCGACCUUAUUGCUCGCUUGUAG